UCCUUCCUGAAGCUUCUCCCGACUCCUCUCUUCCUUCCACCGCGAAGAGAGGAGGGUGAGCUCGGGAGGGGUCGAGCCAUGGCCGGUCGGCUCCCGCGGUCGUCACCCACGGCCGACGCUCGACGCCCGCAUCCUCGGGUGGCCAGCGGCCGAUGCUCGUGCCGGCGGCGCUCGCGGCCAAAGCUAAUGGCCGCUACACGCGACGACGGACCGGCGAACUCGGGAGGGACCGAGCCUCGGCCGGGAGCACCUGCGGCUGAUGCCUGUGGCCGAUUCCAUGGUGUCCUCGACCGAGUCCGCGGGAGGGGAGGAAGGGCCUCCGGCCAUCGACGUCUGCGACCACGACUGCGGCCAAGCUCACCGCGUCAGAUCUGCGGCUAAGAACACCGAUAAUUAAGAUUGCUAGGAUCAAGGAGCUUGACGAACUUUAGGGUUUGGAAAAAUAAAAAUAGAAUAUCAAAUGUUAAAAUUUUGAAAUUUGUUAUGACAUUUUAUAAAUAAAUUGUUCAUUUCUAUUAUGAAAGUUUAGGUAGCUUUGUGUUAUUGUAUGUAUAUGUUUGCAAUAGCACGGCCGUGUCACAAUCCGGAUUCAAGACGUGACAAAGUUAAUUUACGAGGAUAGUGUUUGAACUGGUCCUGGCACCAUGAGUGCCGAUGCUAGUUCAAAAUAUAACUGAAAUAUUACGUAUUAGGUCUCAAAAAUAUAUUUUGUAAACAGUAGGAAACCUUAGUUAAUUUAGUUUUGUUUUAGGUCCCUCUCGUAUGUGUACUAUAUGUGUGUAUCUUAAUAUCUUGUCCAAAUAGGUACAUGACAAUAACUCAUCUAUAUAAGCCGUCAAGAUAAAUUUUAACAUGCUGGCCAAACUUAAUGGACUGGUGUUAUUGAGACUAAAUUUAAUUAUUGUUAGAUUCAGCAACAAAGCAGCUGAACCACUUGGUUUUUUUUUUUUUUGACAAAAGAACUAUUUGAUUGAAAUUGGCUUUUUUUUCAUUUGACUCUUGCUUGUUGCAAACGUAAGGCAAUCUACUAUAUUUUCCAAUAGGACUAAUUGCCCCUCUCUUGAAGGGGCUGGCUAUUUAGCCUUGAAUGGAGGACAAAGCAGCUAUUGAUUUCUAUUCAUAGGAAGUUUCAACAUGGACUUGAAGAGGGUACAAAAUCUUCAUGACAACUAGAUUUUGAUAAUUCACCUUGCUCGACUGUCUUACACCAUCUUUUUCCAACAUUAUUUGAACUUCAUUUGUUUGUUCUUGCAUGUGAUUUAGGUUAACUUUCCAUUGGUGAAUCUUCUCAUGAACCCUAAAAUUAUAAAUGACUUGAACCCUCCCACGUCUAGGCCAUCUAUCAUGAGAGAAGGACUUGGUUGCAGGGUAAAAGUAGUAUUGCACAACGGAUUCUUUGACCAUGUGUAAUUGUAUGACCAGUCAAAGGAGCCAUAUUUGAUUUUUUCCAUAGGAAGUUUCCACACGGACUUGACAGUGUACUAGAUUUUAAUAAUAUGCAACUAGACUCUGAUAAUGCACCUUGCUUGGCUAUCUUACGCUCUCUUUUUCCAACAUUAUUUUGACUUCAUUUGUUUGUUCUUGCAAGUUGUUUGGGUUAACUUUCCAUCAGUAAAUCUUCUCAUGAACCCUAAAAAUUAUAAAUGACUGGAAACCUCCCACGUCUAGGCCAUCUAUCACGAGAGAAGGAAUUGGUUGCAGGGGAAAAGGAUUAUUGGACAACUGAUUCUUUGACCAUGCAUAAUUGUAUGACUAGUCAAAGGAGCUAUAUUUGAUUUUUUUUCCAUAGGAAGUUUCCACAUGGACUUGAAAGUGUACUAGAUUUUAAUAAUAUGCAACUAGACUCUGAUAAUGCACCUUGCUUGACUAUCUUACUCUCUUUUUCCAACAUUAUUUUGACUUCAUUUGUUUGUUCUUGCAAGUUGUUUGGGUUAACUUUCCAUCAGUAAAUCUUCUCAUGAACCCUAAUAUUGUAAAUGACUUAAAUCCUCCCAUGUCUAGGCCAUCUAUCACGAGAGAGAAGGGUUUGGUUGGAGGGUAAAACGAUCAUUGCAUAAACUGAUUCUUUGACCAGGUGUAACGAUAUGACUAGUAAAGAUUGAAAAGAGAGGAAGGGGGAAGAGAAAAAAAAGACAAUGCUUCUGCCCCCAUGGCUGCUGAGAUAAGGCCAUGUUCCUCUCUUUCCUUUCUUCUCUUUUUUCUCUUCUCUUCUCUCAACAUCCAACGCUGUGUAGCAACUGAUAGCAUCUCUUCGGGCCAGGCCCUCUCUGGAAACCAGACCAUAGUGUCCAAAGAACGCAACUUUGAGCUGGGAUUCUUCACUCCAGGUAACUCUCAUAACUACUAUAUCGGCAUCUGGUACAAAAAGAUUUCCAAGCAGACAGUCAUUUGGGUAGCAAACAGAGAAACACCCGUCUCAAGUCCUUCGUCUUCGGAGCUAAAAAUCUCUGAAGAUGGGAAUCUAGUCCUCAUCAACCAAUUCAAACACCCAAUUUGGUCGUCCAAUUCAACCCCCAAAACCAAGAAUUCUACCGUUGCAGUACUUCUGGAAACUGGAAAUCUGGUUCUGAAAGACCUAGAUCACCCCUCUGCUGUAAUUUGGCAGAGUUUCGAUCACCCAACUGACACACUGAUGCCCGGAGGAUGGAUAGGUGUGAACAAGAUCACCGGAGAAGUACAGAGCCUUAUUCCGUGGAAGAACUUCAAAGACCCGGCCCCAGGCCCUUAUGUUGACCGAGUGGACCCAUCUGAGUCUGGUCAGUUUGUGCUGCAGUGGAACGGCUCUCAAACAUACUGGCGUUCCGGGAAGUGGAACGGCCGCUCCUUCCCUUCAAUCCCUGAAAUGUCGUUAAAUUCCAUUUACAACUAUAGCUACAUCGGUGACAGUUCACGCCAAGAAUUCACACUCACAGUGAGUGAUGGAUCUAUCAUUACAAGGCUUGUCAUGAAUGUUUAUGGGCAGAAAACACAGUGGACGUGGUUUGAGGACUCUGAAGAGUGGAUACUGCAUUGGUCUGUGCCUAGAGAUCAAUGCGAUGUAUAUUCCCUCUGCGGAGCCUUCAGUGUCUGUGAUAUGAAUAGCUUGCAGCACUGCAAAUGUUUGCAGGGGUUCAAACCUGCAUCCUCAAGGAAUUGGGAUCUGAAUGUUUGGAGUGAUGGUUGUGUGAGGAGAACGAGGCUACAGUGCAGCAACAUGUCAUCCACAGAGGAGGAAAGAGAUGGUUUUCUGAUGAUUCCAGACAUGAAAUUGCCUGACAACUCUGACACCCUGCCAGCUAAGAGCGCAAAACAGUGUGAGCUAGCUUGCUUGAAUAACUGCUCUUGUACUGCUUAUGCCUUUGGAAGCGGAUGUUUGAUUUGGAAUGGUGAUCUCUGGGAUCUUAAACACCUCUCCGAUAAUGAUACUGAAGCUGUGGAUCUUUAUAUUCGUCUUGCAGCAUCCGAUCUGCCAUUUUCAAGCAAUAAAAGAAAUUCAGUCCUUGUGAUUAUCUUAGUUGCGGUAGGCGGUAGUAUAAUCAUACUGUGCAUCAUCUUUGUGCAAGUAUGGAGAUGCCAUAGAAGAAGAUUAGCUCGAAAGAUGACAGUAGUUGAUGGCUCUUUGGUUCUAUUUGACUACAAUUACUUGCUGCAUUGUACCAAGAAGUUCUCAGAGAAGUUGGGAGAAGGAAGUUUUGGUCAGGUCUUUAAAGGUGCGUUGCCCGACUCCAAUGUUAUAGCAGUGAAGAAACUCAUAGGCAUAAGACAAGGAGAGAAGGAAUUCUGGACAGAGGUGAGGACUUUGGGCACAAUUCAGCAUAUUAAUUUGGUUCGCCUUCGUGGAUUCUGCAUGAAAGGAAUUGAAAGGCUGUUGGUUUAUGAUUACAUGCCAAAUGGAUCAUUGGAUUAUCAUCUCUUUCAAAGCAAUUCCGAGGUAUUGGACUGGAAAACUAGGUUCCAAAUUACGCUCGGUGUUGCCAGGGGAUUGGCUUAUCUCCAUGAGAAAUGCAGAGAGUGCAUCAUACAUUGUGACGUAAAGCCCGAAAACAUACUUCUUGAUGUCGACUUUUCUCCAAAGGUGGCAGAUUUUGGUAUGGCAAAGCUCAUAGGCCGGGACUUCAGCCGGGCACUAACAACCACAAGAGGUACUCUGGGCUACUUAGCACCAGAAUGGAUAUCGGGCUUAGCUAUCACUCAGAAAGCAGAUGUUUAUAGUUAUGGAAUGAUGCUCUUUGAAGUCAUUUCAGGGAUGAGAAACAGAGAGCCAGUGAAAAAUGGAAGCGUGGGCAAUUUUCCUCUCUGGGCUGCCAUGAAGAUUGAUGAAGGUGAGAUUCUCGCACUGUUAGAUGAGAGAUUAGAGGGUGAUGCUGAUAUCGAGGAGCUGAGCAGAGCUUGUAGAGUGGCUUGUUGGUGCAUUCAGAACAAUGAAGUUCAUAGGCCAGCAAUGGGGCAGGUGGUUCAAAUUCUGGAAGGAGUUCUGGAGGUAAACGUGCCUCCAAUACCAUGGCAUCUCCAGCUGCUUGGUGAUGAUCAGGUUCCAGAUUCAACAGAGUACUCUACCAGUUAAAGCAAGUUCUUUGUAAGGACUACGGAGUAGCUUAUCUGAGGAAUCCCAAGAAAUAACACAGUACUUCUGAGAAUUCCCGGUUUGCAAUCUUGUCAACCUAGAAACAUUCUAUAAUUGAGAUGCAACCACAUUCUCUUUCUUGUGUACUGAUGAUGUUUUCUUCUCUUUUGUUUUUAAUAAUGUAAUCCAUACUCACAUGCUAGUAUCUCUACAAACUUUUAGGGAGUAAAGUUCUGUACCAUGAAAGAUGAUCCUUUGUGUGCUGCCUAGUGUCACCAGAACGGGAAUUUGAGGAACCUUUUUAAUAGGUUUGAUAUAUCGAGAAUAUUUGUAUUUUUAAGAGGGACUCCAGUUGGAAAACUAUGGGAAAAUCACAUUAAAUUGCUGUUAUUUUGUUCAA